UUUCUUUCCCGAUUUCAAGCCCUAAAAAUCCCGAAACUUCUGUUUUCUCUCUUUCGCUUUUUUUACGACAGUCGCCGAGUGAGAGAGAGAGAGAGACGAAGAUGCCGCUGCACGAUGAGCAAGAGCACGAGGUGUACGGUGGAGAGAUCCCAGAGGAGGAAGAAGGAGAGAUGGAUACGGAGGAGUAUGAAGAACACGGCGGAGAUGAAGGAGCCGCCGCCGGAGAUGAGGAGCUUGAACCAGGCUCUAGCUCUAGGGAUUUGGAGGAUAUGAAGAAACGAAUUAAGGAGAUCGAGGAAGAAGCUGGAGCUUUGCGUGAAAUGCAAGCCAAAGCUGAGAAAGAUAUGGGAGCUGGUCAAGAUCCUUCAGGAGGUGUUAGUUCAGCUGAGAAGGAGGAAGUGGAUUCGCGAUCAAUAUAUGUUGGCAAUGUGGACUAUGCAUGUACUCCAGAGGAAGUCCAGCAGCAUUUUCAAUCCUGUGGGACAGUGAAUAGGGUUACGAUUCUGACUGAUAAGUUUGGUCAGCCCAAAGGUUUUGCCUAUGUUGAAUUUGUGGAAGUAGAAGCUGUUCAGAAUUCUCUUAUUUUGAAUGAGUCCGAACUGCAUGGUCGUCAGAUAAAGGUAUCUGCAAAGAGAACUAAUGUCCCUGGAAUGAAGCAAUUUCGAGGAAGGCGUCCCUUUAGACCCAUGAGGGGAUUUAUGCCAGGACCUCCAUUCUACCCUCCAUAUGCCUAUGGGAGAGUUCCCAGGUUCAGACGGGCCAUGCGGUACAGACCGUACUGAUCAAGGCAAAUUGGUGUUAAAAGUAGCAGCUGCCUUUCGGUUCAGGAAGGUGCUUAUCAUCAUCAACUCGAUUCUCAACUUGGUUCAUCGGGGGCGCUGCAGUUGUUUCGAUUAACAGAGAAGAGUUGAAAGAAGAGUUGUAUGAACAGAAGAGAGGAGAGAGGGAAAUCAUAUUUUUAGAACUUCUGUACAAUAUUUGAUGACAAGAGCAACAUUUUGAGUUCCUUGUUCUUUAUCCUUUUCAACACGAAUCGCAUAAAAACUCAUAAGCUUUCCAUUGAGAUUGACCGCCACUCAGUUACUGCGAAUUUUAACCCUUUUUUUUUAUA